CUCGGGUUAUCGACUUGUUUUUUUUUAAAAGAAUAUUUGACACUUUCUUCUACAAUUUCGUGCACCAAAAACCCCGCGGAUCGUGACCCAAUCGCAGCCAUUUGUUGUGUGCCCUUAAACAAACUCAACUAUGGCGAAAGAGCCGUCUAGGAAAGUGAAACUGAUGGCGGCAACGGCCGUGGCAUUCGUUUGCGUAGUGGGUCUGGCCCUGGCUUUAACUUUCUUAAACGGAGUCAAUUCCGAUACGCCAUUUUCGCCUCCGUCACCAUCCCGGCUGGGCAAAUUCCGGACGGCGGCCGUCAGCUCAGAUGGCGUCCCUUGCUCGACAAUCGGACGGGACGUUUUAGCGGAUGGCGGAAACGCAGUGGACGCUGCCAUCGCCACGAUAUUUUGCAUCGGGGCGGUUAAUCCGCAAAGCGCCGGAAUCGGUGGAGGAUUCCACAUGACCCUCUACGAUCCAGUCAAACGGCAGGCGCGAUGUCUCGACGCCCGUGAAGUGGCGCCUCUAGCGGCCACCGAAGACAUGUUCAAAGGCAAUUCUUCCAUCUCGCAAAGAGGCGGACUAGCUGUGGGUGUACCGGGAGAGCUGGCCGGCUACUGGGCAGCCCAUCAACAGUACGGAAAAUUAGCCUGGUCACGUCUAGUCCUGCCGACCGCUGAACUCGUCGAAAAGGGAGUUUCAAUCAACAGGCACCAGGCCGAUUCGUUGCAAGCAGAACAGAAAAUCGUCCUGGCCGACCCGUCCAUGAGAAUUUUCGUGAACGAAGCGACGGGACAAGUAAAGAAAUUUGGCGAUAUAGUGAAAAAUCCAGUUUUAGCGCAGACGUUGAGGACGAUCGCUCGCGAGGGCGUCGGCGCCUUGUACAAUGGAACUCUGGGCGAUAAAAUGGUGGAGGAUAUCCGGCGGAAAGGUGGCAUCAUUACCAAAGAGGAUUUAAUGCAAUAUCGGCCUGACUGGAGAGAUCCCAUCAAAGUGGAACUGCACAACAACAUGACGCUGUACUCGAUGCCCCCACCGGGAUCGGGAGUUUUAACUGCCUUCAUUCUGAACAUCCUCGACGGACAUUUGAUCAAAGACAAGACGGCCAAAGCUUCGAGCGAUCCCAAAAUUUAUCACCGCAUGGCAGAAGCUUUUAAACACGCCUACGCCCAGCGCACGAAAUUGGCUGAUCCUCGUUUCGUCCUCGAAGUGAACGAGUUGACUAAAAACUUGUCCUCGGAAGCUCUGGCGGCUGAAACCUACGCCAAAAUCAACGACUCGUUCACAUCGAACGACGCCGAAUUCUACGGCGCCGUGACUUACAAUCCCGACGAUCACGGCACUUCGCACGUUUCCGUACUCGACGGCGACGGAAUGGCCGUUGCCGUUACGUCCACCGUCAAUUUGCGUUUUGGCGCUGGAUUCAUCUCGGAGCAGACGGGCAUCAUCAUGAACAGCGAGAUGGACGAUUUCUCAUCGCCCAACGUCACCAACUUUUUCGGAGUGCCUCCGAGUCCGGCCAAUUUUAUCCGACCGGGCAAAAGACCCUUGUCGUCCAUGACGCCCACCAUCAUCGUCGAUUCCGACGGCAAAGUCCGUUCGGUUGUCGGGGCGGCCGGCGGCACCAAAAUCACCACGGCGACCGUCUACGCAAUUAUUCGAAAUCUGUGGUUUGGAGAAACCAUUAAAGAAGCCAUCGACAGUCCGAGAAUUCAUCACCAGCUCUUCCCCAUGACCUUGCAAUACGAAAAGGGAUUCCCCAUGGAUAUCGUCAACAACAUGACGGCGAAGGGACACAACGUAACGGGAGGGCAAUACGAUGGAGGGGCAGUCAUUUGCGGCAUUGCUGUCGAAGCGGACGGAUUCAUUUACGCAAAUUCAGACUGGAGAAAGAGCGGAGACGUGGACGGUAUCGAUCCAGUCGAUUAAUAGAAAAACAUUCUUCAAUUAGUUCAAAUACCCCGGAGCUUUGUACAGCUUGCCAAAUUAUUCCCCGAUUUUUUUUUUUUUCUUUCGUACGUUGUCAACACGCCAUUUGAUUUCUGCUCAAAAAAAAAAAAUAGAGACAAAACACUUCAA